UGGUCUGGGUAGCCCUGCCGGUGUCAGACUAGAGGCUGUGAUGGAGCAGCUCCAGAGACAACAGGAGGCUGGGGGUGGUCUGGGUAGCCCUGCCGGUGUCAGACUAGAGGCUGUGAUGGAGCAGCUCCAGAGACAACAGGAGGCUGGGGGUGGUCUGGGUAGCCCUGCCGGUGUCAGACUAGAGGCUGUGAUGGAGCAGCUCCAGAGACAACAGGAGGCUGGGGGUGGUCUGGGUAGCCCUGCUGGUGUCAGACUAGAGGCUGUGAUGGAGCAGCUCCAGAGACAACAGGAGGCCAAGCUGGAGAUGGACCGGCAGGAGAAACACCUCCGCCAGGCCCAGACGAUGUUUGCUAAACACGUAGCCGUCGCCUGGGUCACUGGAGCCCCCCUGGACUCUGCCUUCCUGGGCAAACGGGUGGAAGGAACCGGGACAGGAAGGACUCCUCAGAUGGGUCAGCAACAGACAGAGGCUGGUGGCAGUAACGACAACACUCAGAGUUGUGUGGAUAGGGGGGACGAUAACAGAGAAGAGGGAGGUGUGAUGGAGGAUGAAGAAGAAAGGAUGGAAGGUGAAGAAGAGGUUGAUGAUGUUGGAAUGGGGCGUGGCCACAUGACAAAGAUGUCUCCCCUCCAGCAGGAGCGUUCCUUAUCAUCUUUUUGUCCGUCUUCAACCUCUCCAUCAGCGGCUGCCAAACACAGAGACGCUUCCCCUCCUAUGAAUCUAAAGCGAAGGUCUGGGGAGAAGGACCUGUCUACCACAGAACAACACUCCUUCACAUCUUCCAAUGGAUUUGGAGAUUGGAGGUUUGAUGAUGGAACAUUUAAGCAAAUGGUUAUUUCUGUCGGCACGAUGCACAAAGAAUCCUGGUGGCUGUACCGACUCGGACAGCAUAUAUCCCGAGAGAGCCAUGUUUCUCUGAAACAGAGUAUGUUACAAUCCCUGAUGUCUCUCUAGAAAGCAACCCGUGCCCUAAUUUUGUCUACCUUGUUAUCUAGAGACUGGACAUUAGCGAGUAAUGUACUCGAAAGCAGUGGGUGGUGUGCGUGCCUCCAAAGUCUGACCAGAAUGCUUCUCCGUCUUCCUCUUCUGCGGCGACAUUGGUUUGUGUCGACCUCUGGAAUCAGUUCAAAUGCCCUGGGUGGUUCGGACAAAGGAUCCGCUUUGGGAAUGUCGUUGUGCUGGUAAGUGGACGUCGCUCUGAUAUCCAAUAGUUAUUCUCCGGCUGUAUGUAAUAACACUCUUUUGGGCUAACAAUUGUCAUGACGUUGCCCUCUUUGAGUACAGCGAGCACCAUCCCCCGCUCUCUGCUUCUACAACCAGACUGCUGUGGUCAGAGGUCGUAAAUGUCUCAGAAGACCCUGCCUCAUGGCCACACAGUAUUAGAGAUAGGGUAAACAUUCCCAGACGACAAAGGAAAUCCUUCCACCUCACAGAACUUGAGGUACGAACACAUUUCAUGUUCCAGAGAAAGUGUAAAAGAUCGGUGAAGAAUCCAG